AUGGGCCGCUACCGCAUCCACGUGUCCACCGGGGCCUGGCUCUUCUCUGGGUCCUUCAACCGCGUGCAGCUGUGGCUGGUCGGGGAGCGCGGGGAGGCGGAGCUGGAGCUGCAGCUGCGGCCGGCGCGGGGCCAGGUGGAGGAGUUUGAACAGGACAUUCCCCAGGACCUGGGGCCACUGCAGUUGGUGAAGUUGCGCAAACACCACUCCCUGGUGGACGACGCCUGGUUCUGCGACCGCAUCACCGUGCAGGGCCCAGGAGCCUUAGAGGAGGCCGCCUUCCCCUGCUACCGCUGGGUGCAGGGCCAGGGCGUGCUGACCCUGCCCGAGGGCACCGCCCGCCUGGCAGGAAACAAUACCUUGGAUGUGUUCCAGAAGCAUCGAGAAAAGGAACUGGAGGAAAGACAGCAAAUCUACUGUUGGGCCACCUGGAAGGAAGAGUUACCCAUGACAAUUGCUGCAGGCAGUAUAGAUGAUCUGCCUCCAAAUAUGAGAUUCCAUGAGCAGAAGAGGCUUCACUAUGGAUGGGCAGCGAUUGCAGGGCUUAUGGAGAUGGUCCUCAAAUAUGUUUACACCCUCCCAAGCCCCUGGAAACGCCUGGAAGAUAUUGAUCAGAUCUUCUGGGGACAAAAGACUGCCCUGGCUGACAAGCUGCAGGUCUCUAGGGAAGACUCCUUUCAUGGGGUCUUAGUACUGACAUGGGCUAAUGGCAAGAAGAGAGAGCGACUGUCUUUACAUUCUUCCCCUUUGCCUUGGCCAUGGGGAAGAACGCUUUCAACUCUAACCCUGGGUACAUUACACUUUCCUUAGAAAGGUUCCCUGUUUGAGGCUGACUUCAUCCUACUGGAUGGGAUCCCAGCCAAUGUGAUCCAAGGAGAGCAGCAGUACCUGGCUGCCCCCCUUGUCAUGUUGAAGAUGGAAGCCAGUGGGAAGCUGCUACCCAUGGUCAUCCAGGUGAGGUACCCUGGCGCCAGCUGCCCCACCCCACCACUGUUCCUGCCCGCAGAUCCUCCACUUGCCUGGCUCCUGGCUAAGUCCUGGGUCCGAAGCUCAGAUUUCCAUGUUCAUGAGCUCCAGUAUCACUUGCUGCACACUCAUCUGCUGGCUGAGGUUAUUGCUGUGGCCACCAUGAGGUGCCUCCCAGGACUGCACCCUGUCUACAAGCUCCUGAUCCCACACACCCGCUACACCAUGGACAUCAACACGAGGGCACGGAACCAACUCAUCUCAGAUGGAGGUUUAUUUGAUAAGGCAUGGAGCACAGGUGGAGGCGGCCAUGUGCAGGUGAUGCGUCGGGCCAUGACUCAGCUGACCUACCGCUCCCUCUGUCCUCCUGAUGAUCUGGCUGACCGGGGCCUACUGGGAAUCCCAAGUGCCCUCUAUGCCCAUGAUGCUUUACGGCUCUGGGAGAUCAUUGCUCGGUACGUGGAGGGGAUUGUUCACCUCUUCUACCACGGGGAUGACAUCGUGAGAGGGGACCCUGAGCUGCAGGCCUGGUGUCGAGAGAUCACUGAGGUGGGGCUGUGCCAGGCCCAGGACCGAGGUUUCCCUGUCUCCUUCCAGUCUCGGGCUCAGCUCUGUCAUUUCCUUACCAUGUGCAUCUUCACAUGCUCUGCCCAGCAUGCAGCAGUGAACAUGGGCCAGUUCGACUGGUAUGCCUGGGUCCCUAAUGCCCCAGGCUCAAUGCGGAUGCCCCCACCCACCAUCAAGGAAGAUGUCACAAUGGACACAGUGAUGGGCUCACUGCCUAGUUUCUGGCAGACCAGUCUUCAAGUGAUUGCCACGUCGCUCAUUAGCCAGCCCCCGCCAGACAUGGUACCACUGGGGCAUCACCAAGAAGAGUAUUUCUCAGACCCUGAGCCCAAGGCUGUUUUAAGGCAGUUUCAGGCUGAUCUGGACAACCUGGAAAAGGAAAUCGUGGCCCGGAAUGAGCAGCUAGACCUUCCCUAUGAAUACCUGAAGCCCAGCCUCAUAGAGAACAGUAUUGCUAUCUGAGCCCAAAUUGUUCAUCGUUCAAAUACUUGAGGCCCCCACCAUGGUUAACACUCCCCCCACUCUUUUCAUGGGUCUGAGUUGCUAUGGUUCUGUUUUUUCCUGUUGGGUUCCCUACCUAAAUAUCUCACCUGCAUGAGGCAUUGUCCUUCCUUCCAGUUCCCUAAUAGGAUGAUCUUUAACUUGAAACCAACCUUAGAGAAAUCAACUAUCUACUCAUGUAAUGUUUUCUUUUCUCUGAAAAUUUU